ACAUAUUCUGUAUUAGCAACGCCAAAUCCGAAAGGUCUGAGUUUCCGAAACACGGAAUAUUGUUUGCCGCCUUAAGGCGCCCGGUCGAUUUUUGUAGUUAUUGCGUCUUGUGUUUAGUAGCGAACUAUCAUCCUAUCGCUUUAGAAAUGGGUGAUAAAGGUGAUGGAGAAACAUUUGAUGAUGCUGUGGAAGAGAGAGUUAUUAACGAAGAAUAUAAAAUAUGGAAAAAGAAUACUCCAUUUCUGUACGAUUUGGUCAUGACACACGCUCUAGAAUGGCCUUCUUUAACAGCUCAGUGGCUUCCAGAUGUGACAAGACCUGAAGGAAAAGACUACUCCGUUCAUAGGCUUAUAUUGGGAACCCAUACAUCAGAUGAACAGAACCAUCUUCUUAUAGCAAGUGUUCAGCUACCAAAUGAGGAUGCACAGUUUGAUGCCAGCCACUAUGAUAAUGAUAAGGGUGAAUUUGGUGGUUUUGGUUCAGUCUCUGGUAAAAUUGACAUAGAAAUAAAAAUAAACCAUGAAGGGGAAGUGAACAGAGCCCGCUAUAUGCCUCAGAAUCCAUGUGUUAUCGCCACCAAAACCCCAUCAUCUGAUGUCUUGGUAUUUGACUACACCAAGCAUCCCUCAAAACCAGAGCCAUCUGGAGAAUGUCAUCCAGAUCUCAGAUUGCGAGGUCACCAAAAGGAAGGAUAUGGAUUAUCAUGGAAUCCAAACCUCAAUGGUUAUCUGUUGUCAGCAAGUGAUGAUCACACAAUUUGCUUGUGGGACAUAAAUGCAACACCGAAGGAGGGGAGAGUGAUUGAAGCUAAAUCAGUGUUUACGGGUCACACGGCUGUGGUCGAGGAUGUGGCUUGGCAUCUCUUGCAUGAAUCACUGUUUGGAUCAGUGGCUGAUGACCAGAAACUCAUGAUCUGGGAUACCAGAUGCAACAACACAUCCAAGCCAUCACACACUGUGGAUGCUCACACAGCGGAAGUAAACUGCUUAAGUUUCAACCCAUACUCAGAAUUCAUCCUUGCCACUGGCAGUGCCGACAAAACUGUUGCACUUUGGGAUCUCCGCAAUCUGAAGCUAAAACUACAUUCGUUUGAGUCACACAAGGAUGAGAUAUUCCAAGUUCAAUGGUCGCCACACAAUGAGACAAUCCUAGCCAGCAGUGGAACAGACAGGAGGCUUCACGUGUGGGAUCUAUCAAAGAUUGGUGAGGAACAGACUGCAGAGGAUGCUGAGGAUGGGCCUCCGGAGUUACUGUUCAUUCACGGAGGUCACACUGCCAAGAUAUCAGACUUCUCAUGGAACCCCAAUGAACCCUGGGUGAUUUGCUCUGUCUCAGAGGAUAAUAUCAUGCAGGUCUGGCAAAUGGCUGAAAAUAUAUACAAUGAUGAGGAGCCUGAUACUCCUGCUUCUGAAUUGGAGUCCGGAGUCAAUGUUAACCACGGUUAGUUGGUGGGCUCAUCAUCUUCCGCUAACAUCAAGCACUACAGUGAGACAGCAUCAGGUUCUUGUUAUGGAAAUGUGGUCUAGUGUACAGUUAUGUUUUCUAAAUUUAAACUUAUGUAAAAUAGGGUAUUUUCCAGUUAUUUUUUACAGUGCCAACUUUUUAUCUACCUACCUUCAUAUAUACAUUUUUGUCAAGCUCCGGUCCAUAGUACUUUCAGGGGCAGUACUGCUCCUAUUAGCCAUAAAUAAUAGUUUUUUCUGAUCUGCUACCGUAAUUAUAAUGUAAUGAAAAUAUAUAAAGAGAAAGUUGAACCAUUACACUUCUCAACCGAAAACAACCUGAUAUGGGGUAUGUAUAUAUAUGUGAUUCAAACGAGAAUUAAAUAUAUUGUACACAUCAUCAGAAAAGUUUUAACAGUGCGUAAAUUAGAAUAUUUUGGCUGUUAUAAUAUUCAGAUGUCAAUUGGAGUCAUCCAUUAAGGACAAAUUAAUAAAAUUGCAUAAUCAAAAAACAAGAUUCCUUUUUUAAAUGAGUAAUUGUCACCGUUGACGGUACCUAAGUCCAACGCAUUAUAUUACACACACUGGUAGAACGCACGUUAGAUAUAUUUCGUUUGGACUAAGAUUAUUUUAUUACUUGUGAUUCAAUAUUUGAAAUCAGCGCAAAUGGUCGGAGUUACGAAAUAGUUUAUGGCAAAAUAAUGUCAAUAUUAUGUCGAGCAUAGUACUGAGCUUACCAUUUUAUAUUUUGUUGUCAUAGACUAUGACGUCAUACCAAGCGGGCCAAAAUAGCAGCAGGCGUUUGAAGUAUCCGCGUAUAUUUAUUAAAUAUCUUUAUGUACUUUUAUGAAUUCAAUAAUUUUCUAUUAUAUUCAUGUACAAUACCGAAUAAAUAUAAAAUAAAAUCCGUACAAAUUCCCUUUCAUUAAUAAUUUAAUAUUAUUAGUAAGCUGUUGUGAACUGAUUAUAUAUACACGGAAUUAAUUUGCUGCAAUAAUGCGGUGACAAAUUAAAUUAUCAACAUUAUGUUAUUGCCCAAUGGACUAUGAACGAAAAAUGAGAGAUUGCUAAUUUUGAAUGUGAAAGAUGUGUGCUAUUUUUGAUGAUUUGUAAAUUUUUGGAAUAUAUUUUAAACUUCAGUAUAUUAGUGUUUUAUCUGAUUUGAAAAAAUUAAAUAAUAUCUUGAUCUCCUACAUUACUAAUAAUUAUUAUAAAUGGUGGUUAAAAUUGUUUGAAGCGGGCAAGACAAGUUAAUUUUUGACAGUAAAGGCUAUGUGUGUAUUAAUCUUACAGGAAUAAGUAGAAUAUGGAAUUCAAAAUUGAAUUUUUUCAUUUUAAACAAAAAUAUCGUUUUAAAAUAUGAUCAUUUAGUUUAUAGCACUUAUAUUGUUAUUUGUGGUUUGUAAAGUGUUUUGGUAAGAACUGAAAGUCUGAAUGUUAGAGCAAUGUUUAAAACUUUGCAAAAAAAAAAAUGAUAAUAUGAAUUGACAAUAAUGUCAUGAUUAUACUACUGUCACUUAUUACACUAAUUGUUAAAAAUAACCUUGUCUUGCUCUGUAGAUAGUAAUAGAAUCUCCUGCACAAAUCCAACAAUGGAAAAUAAUAACCAGUCACAAUAAAAACUUUUUACUGUUGAUAUAAGUUCCAACCUAGUGUAAGUUCAUUGUAAAAGAUAAUUCCAUGUUUAAUUUAUUGAGAAGUCAAGUUAUUUUAACUGUCAUUAAAAUAAACUGACAGUUGUGUUGAUGCAUUGAGAAUAAAUUUAAGUUCUGCUUUAUUAUAAACGAAAUAAAACUAUGUAAGAUAA